AUGAUCAUUCUGAGCGAUAAGCUUAUAAAGCAACUGUUGCAAGGACUGGAUGUCCCACAAAUCCAAGAGUUUCAGGAUGUGCUUGUGGACUCUCUGAUAGACUACCAGAUGGACCACUCGUUGAUCCCCCCUAGGAUAGUUACCACCACUCCAUAUGCGACGCACCUGUUUAUGGCUUCGACGGGCGAGACAGUUGGAAUGAAAGCUCUGACAGGCUCCAAACAGGGGUUCACAGGAGUGACUACUAUAUUGGACAAGGAAGUCGGCUUUCCCACUGGUAUCCUCAACGCUGCUACCUUGACCGCUUUCAGAACUGCUCUUUGUACGAGUCUUGCUUUGGUCAAGACUUUCCCUAUUGGAUCUGUCGGAGCAUUCAAGGAAACGCUUAUCUGCAUUGGAGUCGGCGCACAAGGGAAGUGGCACACGAGAUUGGCCUUGAUCCUCUACCCUCAGCGCUUUGAUAACGUGGUUUUUGUCAACAGAUCUGUGGAUAAAGCUGAGGCGUUCGCUUGCGAGUUCCAGUCGGAUUUCCCGUCGAUAAAGUUCCAGGCGGCAAAGAUUGGUAGCAAGGAUCUGAAAAGCUACUUCGAAAAAGCAUCAUGCAUUUUCGGCUGUGUUCCAAGUACUGAACCCACCAUCCUUAAAGACUACGUGGUGACCAACUCUGUGGAGAAAGUUUUUGUUGGAGCUAUUGGGUCCUACAAGCCGCACAUGAUCGAGAUCGAGGGGGAACUGCUCAAAGCUUCCCUAUCGUCAGAUACGAAGGUCCUGGUUGACUCGAGCAGCCAUUGUUUGGAAGAAGCUGGCGAAUUCAUCCAAAACGAUAUCGGCGCAUCUUCCCUGAUUGAGAUAUCCGAGCUUUACAUGGAUUCUGAGAAGGGUAGGGAGCAACUGGCAAAAAUGGCAGCUGCAAAGGUUGUCAUCUGCAAGAUUGUUGGCCUGUGUAUCAUGGAUGUCUCGGUUGGUGCCCACGUGCUCGAGAAGGCCAAGGAACAGAACAUUGGCGUCGUUCUCGACGACUUCUAG